AUGGUCUUCUUCUUCUUCGUCUGCGGCCAGCACACAUUCCGGUCCGAGGUCAAGGGCUACGAGGGCGUCAUCUGCCAGUGCCACAACUGUGGCAACAUGUCGGGCCGUGUCAUCAAGAGCCGCCCAUUCUUCACCUUUUGCUUCGUUCCGCUCAAGAAUCGUCCUGACGUCGUCUCCAUGUCCAACGGCGGCAAUUCCGGAACUGGGCCUUAUCCCCCGCCGGCAAAUCCAGGAUGGGGUCAGCAACAGUACCAGGCCUCUCAAGCGCUCGCGCAGAGUUCUAUCAUGAUCGGCACAAAAUGA